AUGAGUAUGAAUGAUAUCAAAGUACCUGUGGAGGUUGAUCCCACGGAGGAUACGGAGUGGAACGAUAUACUUCGCUCACACGGGAUUAUUCCGGAACGUCCGAAGUCACCAACAGAGGAGCUUGAGCAAGCAUUGGAAGAGGCCGUGCGCAGACAGCAUGAAAAUCGGCUUGAAAGUAAAACUCUUGGUGAAUUAGCUGAGCUAGAGGAUGAAGAAGAUGAAGACUUCCUAGAAGAAUAUAAGCUCAGGCGGUUCCACGAGCUUCAAAGUAUGCAAAAGAAGGCAAAGUUUGGCACAGUCCUUCACAUUACUAAACCAGAGUAUGAAGAAGAGGUUACCGAUGCAUCUGAAAAGAGUUAUGUAUUUGUGCAUAUGGCACUUCAACUGGAAGUUCAGAGUCGUCUUUUAAGCACCCUCACAGCCGUGGUGGCGCAAAAAUUCCCCGAAAUCAAGUUCACUGAAAUCCCGGCUAACCGUUGUGUGGAAAACUAUCCAGAACUGAACUGUCCGACGAUAAUCAUCUAUCACAAGAAAAAUAUUGUGAAGCAAUAUAUUACUUUGACCCAAUUAGGAGGAAAUGACUGCAAAAUUUCGGAUUUGGAGAAAAUCCUCGUCGAUAUAGGUGCGUUGAAGGCGUCUGACGAGAGGCUAGAGGCAAACCGACAGGAUGAAGAUUUGGAAGAGUCCAGAAGAUUGCGAUUUGUGAAAAAGGUGAUAAGAGACACGGGCACGGAUGACGAUGAAGACUAUGAUUUUUACAACUAGCUGUGACCUGACUACGCUUGAACCAGUGGAUCAUUUUGAUUGAUGUUGAAUGACAAUUUUUCAAACUCUCUUUGUCUUUCGAGAAUAUAAAAUUACAUUAGUUUAUACAUGUGCUUGAGUGACUCGUUUGCUGAAAAUCAACAGAUGAAUGAGACUGCUAGCAGAAGAACAUGCCAUGAGUCAACCGGAUGGUCGCGGGAGGGUCUAUUAAGUCCUAUUGUGAGCCUUUACUUUCACAUCAGCUUGACGUCGAAGAUCCACUUUGGCUCCACUAUUGCCUAUUUUCGCGAUGCCAAAAUAUCGCACAUAAUGUUAUAGAGAUAUGAUUGAUCCUUUGAUUUCCUUUCUUAGAUAUCAAC